AUGAUCGAGGUCGUAGGGUUACACGAUGAGUACGAGAGAGAUCUCGAGCUUGCGAGUGUGCACAUGCGCGAACUUCAAGCUGAAAGCGAUUUGCUUCUUGACACGAUCAAUCUUACAGUUCCAGCAACGCCCUCACUCAUGCAUCUCACGCGUCCCUCUCCGAAGCUAUAUUUAUACCCAGCUACACACCCAGCAUCAGCUCCAGCAUUUCUCAUUCAAAUGGGAGAUAUCGUCCAGUAG